CAUUAAUUUAGACGGGCGAUUGGCUCUAUCUUCACCUUCAGGCUAGACCCUGCUUGGUUCCAUAAACAAAGAAAAGCACAGUAGAUUAAACUUCGGCGUCGAGCCCAGAAACGCUGCAAUGUCAAAUGCAAAAUUUACUCCAAUUAUGCCCCACUUCCUCAAGCCCCUCUUACCAGGCUUCCACAAGCAGCUUUCAAUUCCUCUUUCAUUUUUCAUCAAGUACUUAAAGGGUCAGAACUGUGAAAGAGCUGUACUGAGGAGCUGUGGUAGCAGAACAUGGUCCGUCAAGCUUAAGGGCCGGAGAUUUGAAGAUGGCUGGGAAGAGUUUGCUCGAGACCAUGAUUUAUAUGUUGGCGAUGUCUUGGUGUUCAGACAUGGAGGAAACAUGGUGUUUGAUGUUAUGGUUUUUGACACGAGGAGUGCCUGUCAGAGAGAAUAUCCACUGUUUGCUAUGAAAGGCAAAGACCAAAAGAAAAGUUCAGCAAAAAGAUUUGGCAAGCAACUUGAGAAAUGUACAAGCACUUCGUUCAAGCAUGAACACCCUUAUUUUGUGGCAACUUUGAAGCCUAAUAACCUGAAAGUUUCUAAACUGAAUAUUCCAAGAAAAUUUGCAAGGUCCAAUGGUCUGACUGACAGAUUCUGUGAGAUGGUUCUUGUUGAUCAACAAGGGAGAUCGUGGAUAGCAAAUUUACGGCACAAGAAGUCAGAUGGCCAAGUCUAUAUUGGGCGCGGUUGGAGAAACUUGUGCAUUGCAAAUAACCUCAAGGAAGAGGAUUCUGUCCUACUUGAGCUCAUUGGAAACGGGAAGAAACCUAUAUUUAAACUUGAGGUUGCAAGAGAUUCUAGUGCCAAGACAAAGCCAAAUCAUCCUGAUUCCAAGGCCGGUGAUUGGAGCUGUUUCUGUGAAGGAUCGAGCAGGUGCUGACAGUGAAUUGCCAUGUAGUGAACAACUGAGUGAUCUUUUUGUGUAGAGUUAUAACAAUAACUUCGUUUGCUUUUGGAGCAGUGAAACAUGGUUUCCAGAAAACAUGUACUGAGCAAAAAUGUUGUUUCUUGUAUCUUGCAUUUCAUGUAAGUCCCAUAGUGUGUGGAGCAAGUGGAGAUCUUACAAAACUUAUAAGCAGAAAGUAGUAAGCAGUCGAUCAGUUUUUUUUU